AUGAAAGGCCAGACACGGUUUGGAGUUAAAGGCAAGUUGGCACCGCAUUACAUUGGCCCGUAUGAGAUUAUUGAGAAAAUCAAUCCAGUAACGUAUCAAGUGGCCUUAACUCCAGUUAUGGAAAACAUGCACAACGUUUUCUACAUUUCUAUGCUUCGAGACUAUUUACGAGAUCCACUUCAUGUCAUUAAAUUGACCCAUGUACUUCUGAAAGAUGAUUUUACUUAUGAAGAACGACUAAUACAGAUUGUUAACCGUCGAAUCAAAAGACUAAGAAACAAAGAAAUCCUGUUGGUGAAAGUUGAUUGGCAAAAUCAUAGAGAGACGUAUGCGAUGUGGGCAACAGAAGAAGACAUGAUGAAGAGAUAUCCUGAUUUGUUCCCCCUAGACCUGGCAUUCUUCCCAAAUGAAGGAAUAUAUGUCUGA